AUGAAGACAAGACCGACCGGCAACGACCGCAACGCUGACUGGAUGGGCUCUUUGUGCCCAGCGCUAACGGCCAUGCCGCUGAAGUACCUGGCCGUGCCAGGAUCCCACGACUCCUUCAGCUUUUGGGUGGAUGAGAACGCUCCGGUCGGCCCUGAUCAGAAAGCAUUCGUCAAGCACCUGGCCAUGAUUUUCCGUCUGUUGGCCAAGAAGGUGAUGAAGAAGUGGUCGAUGACUCAGAACCUCACCUUCCGAGAGCAGCUGGAGGGCGGAAUUCGCUAUUUUGACCUCCGUGUCUCUUCAAAGCCGGGCGAGGAAGGCUGUGAGGUCUACUUCAUCCAUGGCCUGUUUGGCCACAAAGUGCGAGAUGGUCUCGUGGACAUUAACACUUUCCUCAGCGCGCACCGCCAGGAGGUCGUCUUUCUGGAUUUCAACCACCACUAUGCCAUGGAGGAGGAGCACCAUCGCUAUCUCAUCAACAUGCUGAAGGAGGUUUUUGGAUCCAAGCUCUGCAAGAUCAACGUGGUGGAGGACAUCACUCUGGAUUAUAUGUGGGAGAAGAAGUACCAGGUCCUGGUGUUCUAUCAUCACCCGUCUGCUAAGGGCUGUCCAGUUUUGUGGCCGGGAAGUAAAAUCCCAGCCCCGUGGGCCAACACCACUGACACCACCAAGCUCAUCCAGUUCCUGGAGACCACACUGGGCGAGAGAGCUAAAUACGACAGCUUCCACGUGUCCCAGGCCAUCCUCACCCCCCGCAUAAAGACCGUCGUCGGAGGGCUGGUCAUGGGACUGCGCAACUACCUUGUGGAGAAGAACCUGCCGAUCAUCAUGACGUGGGUGGAAGCGCAGAAGCCAGGCGAGAAUGGUGUGAACAUCAUCACCUCAGACUUUGUGGAGCUAGUGGACUUUGCCAACACUGUGAUCCAGCUCAACAACCUGCUCCUCCCUAACAAGGCAGUCACAUGA